AUGUCUGUAACAUGCUGCGUAUGUCAUAAAUCAAGCCGAGAAGUGUUCUGCGCACAUUGUAUGACUUCGAGUCCCAGUCUUUUGUUGCGACGGCGAAUUGAGACAGCGGAGGCUCAGAAAAGUAGGGAUUUGUUACGUGAGAAAGUCGACGUUAUUAUGAGAAAAGCGAUGACUGGAGAGGCAGAAGAAUUGCUGAGUAGACAUCUUAUGAAUUUGAAAAUACUUCAACUCAAGCGGAAUAUCAGCCGAAUGAAAUAUAAAUUAGAACAGAAGCGACUGUCGAUCCAUGCAAAGAAACAGAAAUUUGUGUCCUUGCAACAGGAGAUUGUGCAAGGUGAUGAAAACAGGAGAGACUCGAAAGACGCGAAAGGCGGUAGUCCGAUGGGUAAGCGUUUAAACUCAGAGCACAACGAAAUCGAGCAGAAACUCGUGCAGGUAUCGCGAGUCUUCUUUAGCACGCGGGCGUUGAAGUUUCAAGAGCUGGUGAAGUUGUUUUUGGUUCGUCAGCGCGAUCAUCCCGAUUUCCCCUUUACAAUCAGUUUUCAGCCUGUGAUAAACCUACAAAACAUGUACAAGUUGCCGCAGAACGUGAUUCGGUCCUCUUUGGACAGCAUUUGGGAAUUUGUACAUAUUGCGUCCCGCGUCUUGUGCGUUCAAGUCCCGUUACAUGGGACGUCAGCGGACGUCAUUGAGAGUCUGGCCUGGUUGGCUAUGGCUCUUUUGGUACUGGUGCGGCACUUCCAACUGGUGCCGCAGAACGCAUUGGAUGACCGCCUAGUACUGCAAGAAAUUCUGGAAAAUUACGAUAUUGACGGCAUGUUUUAUCAUACGCUCAUGAACCGAGACCUCGAUUUGCCGUCUGUGGGCGAGAAACGCAAUCCCGUGGACUUUGAGUUCUGUCAUUGGCAAGUACAGUUAUUGUUGCAGAGCUCAGGCGAGCUUAGUGAGAUUAAUAAUUCGAUUGAUGACAAGUGGUUUCUGGUGGGAUGA